UCUAUAGUUAACGAUUCUUUAAAUGUUUUAAUUGUUUAUGAUUGCAAGAAAAAAUAUGGAAAUGAAAUUUUACCUAGUUACUGUCUCAAUAAAUUAUGUUCUCUUGUUUUACAUCUUUUCAUUAUUUUAUGUUCAGGAUCCUUACUUCGUGCAGUGCGAUCACAAUGAUGCAUCGUGAUUCUUAUUCAGGAUCUUAUUAGAAACCUCGUGACUGUUGUUUGAAACAUGAUGAUUUUGGAAAAUUUUUACUUCAAAAAGGAAAACAGAAUUUUUAUUCAUCUAUGGCACAGGUAUUGGAGAGCAUGUUCAAUUUGCAGUUUUAUUCUAGUGCAAACAGAUGAAUUAUUUUUAAAAGAUUAUAAGUGUGUGCUUGCCAAUAUUUUUGAAAGAAUUAUUAAGUUUUUGACUUGAAUUUGUUUUACUUCUAUUGAAGAAGCCUAUGAUAUAAAAUGGAUUUGUGUGGAGAUCUUCCACUUUUAAAUGAGUUAGCUGAUUCUGUUGCCGAACAAGAAACUGCUACUUGUACCAACAAAAAUAUGAAAAAUUCUUAUCUGAAGACUUCAAAAGAAAAUUCAAAUUUAAAGCCCAUAACUGAAAAAAAGUGUAAAGGAGCUCAAAAAUCCUGUUAUGGUAUUUCUCACACAAAUAAAUCUAUAUAUCAAAGCAAAUAUUUUAAACCACAAGUAGUGAAAAGAAAAUCUGCACCAGUCUGUGUUCGAUUGUCGAAUUCAUCUGCUGAGAUGGUAUUAUUUGAACGAAAAGUUGAAAUUAAGGAUUUAGAGAGUCAGGUUGUUUACUUACAAAAUCAGUUAAAGUGCCUAAAGCUAGAAAAUAAAACACUAUCUGAUGUACAAGUUCGACAAGAGAAAGAAUUGAGGAAAUUCAAAGAGGGUGUUGCUGAUAUUCCUGCACUAUUAAAGUCACAUAAAGAAGAAGUAAAAGUUUUAGAAUCUAAUAUUAACACACUUCGUAAGGAAUUGAAGGAUUGCCAGAAGGAAUUGAAAUCAAGAAAUGAGAUAGUUUUAAAGAAAGAUCAACAAUUUGAUAAACUAAAUGUUACGUUUAAAAGAAAUGAGAAAGCAUUGCGAGAAGCAAAUCGUGAAAAUAAAGAAAUUAAAUCAGAAAAAAUAAAACUUGAUGAUGAAAACAAAAGACUAAUAGCUGAAAAUGAAGAGCUUAAAUUUAAAAAUGAACAAGAGCACAAAAAAACUCAGAAAAUGACAAAUGUAAUUCUGAAAUUAGAAGAAAAUUUGAGCAACGAAAAUUGUCUUAAAGAACAACUCAAAGAUAAUCUGAACAAACUGCAAAAAAAAUAUGAAGAACUCUCACAAAAUGAGGUUGUUAUGAAAGCUCUUCAGUGUGUUCAAGUUUCCGUAGGAACACAAACAGAUAUUGAAAAAGUUCCUGUCUUCUUUGAUAAACAGACUUCACCUUCAAAAUAUGAAAAUUUAAAUGUGUACUAUAUAUCAGCGUUAGAUGAAGAACAAAAUAAUGGCCUAAAGUCUAUCAGUACUCAGAAUGUAAAAGGUAACAUCAAUUUUAUCAUGCUCAAGAAUGCAAGCAUUCAAACAGAUGGCUGUAUGAAUAUCCAAAAUUUAUCUAACUAUCAGUAUGAGGAAUUUUCAUGUUCAUCGAAUGAUUCAAGUUCACACAAGACUAAUAGAAGGAUGCGAACAGGUUUUGCCUUUACUCCUUUGAAACCACUUCAGUCAUUUUCUACAAAAAAUAAUAGAGAAGAUAUUACAGAAGUAUUUUUUCCACUUUCAGAUGUAUAUGAUAUAAAUAAACCGCUUUCAUCAUCUAAUAACAUUUACUUACAGGCUGAAGAUCUUAAUGAUAAGAAUGCAUUGCAAAAUUUGUCGUUAAAGAAUAAAUUACACUUGCAAGAUACAGUAAAUUUAGAUUAUAUAAGUGAAGGAAUAUUUGAUACUAAUACAAUAUUAACAGGAAAAAGUGUGAGGCAAUCUUUAAUACAUUGCGAUAAAAAGUAUGAGAAACAUUUUGCUUCUACCAUAUCCUUGAAAGAAGGGAAGUCAGCUGAAUGGAUAGAUAGAGAUACAUUAUGAUAUUGCAUGCAUUGUUUAAGCAGAAAUAUAUAUCAUUAUCCUGCAUAGUUUUCUUUAAAUAUUGUUAUAAACUAAUGUACUUUGCAGAAAUAUUCUUAAUCAUAUUAAAUCUGCUAUUAAAGUUUUUAUAUCAAAUGCAUUAUGUGUUUGUAAUAUACUGUAAUCCUAUUUUAUACAGUAAUAUUCAUAUUUUUAAUAUGCUUCAAAGGAAACUCAGAAAAGUUUUUUUAUAGCUUUUCCAUUGUCUUGGAAUUUGUACAGUAAUUUUGUUUCACUAUGUGUUGAUAUUCCACUAAAGAUAAUCCGAAACUAAUUCUAUUGUGUAGUUCCAAGUUCUAUUUUUAAUAAUAAAAUAUAUUAUUAAAAUUGCACUAGUUUGCUGUUGUGUUAUUUAUGCUAGUUUCAAUAUAUUUAUGACCUUUUGUUUCAUUUGUGAGCAAAUUUCAUUAUUAUGCUAUGGUAUAAAAGUAUAAAUUGGAGACUUACAUUAGUACAGUCAAAUCCGGUUAAUUGGACCACCGAAUAAUCGAACCAGCCACUUUUUCGGACCAAAUCUUAAAGAACCGAAACAAAUCAUAUGUACAUGAGCCUAAUAUCUGGACCAAAAUUCCAUUUAAUCGGACCAAAAAACGUGAGAGUGAAUAAGAAACAGAAACCACAAGUCGGCCGUGUACAGCGGAUGUACAGGUGGUCUGCGACAUAUGGGAGGAUCUGUAGUUGUGGCUCUCCAGGAAGAUGCUUUAUGAAAGGUCAGGAAUUCCUUAAAGUACAUGACAAAAGCAAAACCGGUGGGAGGUGAACAUACGCACCAUUUUCUUUGACCUGCGCCUCCGAGUUUCGAGGAAAUGAACAAUAGAGUGUCCGGCUCCACCUGAAAGGAAUUCCGGCCUGUCAAUCAUGAUUAAAGUUUACACGAGAAAGGAUCACGUUUUUUGGAUGAUUUUAGUGCCAAAGCUUUGAAUGGCGAGCAUUUAACUCCCUCUUGACCUCAACAACUUGAACCCGAAACACCAAGGUUUCUUCAGACCACUUUAGUCAGUCAACUGUGCGCAUGUCUAAUCUUCCCUGCCAAAAUGCUAUGACGGGACUUGACAUUAGCUGAAAAAAUUGGUUUCCUGUAUAAGAUCAAGCAACACCAUGAAACACUUGUCAGCAUCAGUUGGUGAAAAUAACCGGAUUGGCAAAGACUACAAUUUCGUGCUUGAUAAAACAAGAAUAAGAAUGUGACAUAAUGUGUCUUCUGUGAGAAGAUCUGUGAGAUUCUGUGAGAUCAAUUCUGUGAGAAGAAUGGACAUAAUGUGAAGGACGAGGAGGAACUUCCAAAAAACGGAAGCGUGAAGGCAAGGACCCAGAUGUCGAUGAGGCCCUUAAUGAAUGGUUUGCUAUUGUUACUGGACAAUCUGUGCAAGUAAGGGCCCAAUGUUAAAAUGCAAAGCAGAAGAAUGUGCUAAAAAGCUGGCCCACGAUUACUUUAAAGCUACGGACAGUUGGUUGUCUCGAUGGAAAUCUAUAUAUGACAUAAAAUUCAAGAAAGCACAUGGCGAGAAAGAAAGUGCUGAUAGUGCAAAUGCUGAAGAAUGGAAAUGAAUAAAACUGCCUGAUUUUUUUGAAAAUUUUUCAGCAGAUGACAUCUACAAUGCUGAUGAGACUGGGCUGUAUUAUUGUGCUACACCGGACAGCAUGUUAAAGUUACAAACAUGUUGCACUCUGUGGCUCCAAAAAAGCGAUGGAUCGCGUAACUGUUUUGUGCUGCUCAAACAUGUCAGGAACGGACGAGAGGAAGCUGUUGGUUAUAGGAAAUAGCACUAAGCCUUGCUGCUUUAAAAGACAUAGGAUGGAGAGUUUACCAGUUGUGUAUCGUGCGAAUAGAAAUGCGUGGAUGACCUCUGAACUUUUUAAAGAAUAGCUGAAAGAUUGGGACGGAGAGCUACAAUGCCAGUCGAAAAAUGUGCUGCUUCUUCUUGACAAUUGUGCAGCACAUCCUCAUUUAGAUUGCUUGAUGAAUGUCCAACUGGAAAUUUUACCUCCCAGGACCACAGCUUUGGUCCAGCCUAUGGAUACAGGCAUCAUAAAAAAUUUGAAGACCCUUUAUCUUGUAAGGUUGGUUAAUUACAUCCUUGAAGCAAUUGAAGAAAGUUUUCUGACCUCAUCAUUAAAAGCCAGUGAAGUCAGUGAAAAGGUCAACAUCAUACAAGCAGUUACAUUUGUGGCCGACAGCUGGCGAAAAGUGAGCAGUGAGAAUAUUCAGAACUGUUUUUCUCACUGUGGCUUUAAGCACUUGGUUUUGGAGAUGGAUGUAGACAUGCUCAUUGAAAGUGAAAGUGAUGAUUUACCUGUGGAACUUCAACAGGUACAAAAGUGAGAAGAAUUUUUAUCCAUUGACAACGAGCUUCAAUGCUACAAUGAAAAUGAAGAUUACGAAUCUGCAGUCGUUGCUCGAGUUGCAGCAAAACACACGACAGCAUCAGAAGACCAAGAAAAUCAUGAUGAUGAUGCCACUAAUAAGUUGAUGCAAGUGACAACACAGGAUGCGAGGAAUGCAUUGAAACUUUGCGUCGGUACUUCAUGCAGGUGGGAAAUGAAGGCAGUCCCAUUGCUGCGUUAGAUGUUUGUGGUGAUUUCUUUCACGUGCAAUCUGUCAAAAGAACACGUCAGAUCACAUUGGAUAAGUUCUUCAAAUGUUGACUGGAACUUGGUAAAAACUUGUUUUUAUUCUGCUUCACAUGUUGAGUAUUGUGGAGAUUGCUUCUUAGAAUUUGUUUCUAAAUUAAUUUUCUCAAUGAAAAAAAGUUCGACUGUAUUUCUUUUUUGUACAUAUAUGUUUGCCAUACGUGUGUAUCGCACAUAAAGUUCAUAAUUACAUUUUAGUACACGAUUUACAUGUACAUUUACUGUUUGCUACUUAUAGCACAUCCUGUCUUACAACAUAGGACAUGUUCGUGUAAUCGGACCAGUCUUUUAUUAGGACCAAAACGAUCGCUUCCCGAUGUGGUCCAAUUAACCAGAAUUGACUGUAUUGCAUAAAACUACUAUUUAACAUAAUGAAAAAAUAAAAAAUGAAAAGUGUAUAUUCAGCUAUGUUUAUAGAAAUGAUCAUCUAACAUCUUUUGCUCCCAGCCUAUCAUAUAUCAUAUGUUUCAGUUGGGCUGACUGUAUCAAAUGUGAUAUGCAAAUGAAAUGUCACUGAUGACCCACCGUAUCAUGGCUCAUGUGCUGAAAUAGAAUGUUUCAUUUUUACAUUUUAAAUGCCCAUAAAUGAUGUGAGAGUACUGUGAAUCUUAACUCAAUGAAAUGUCUUGAGUCCUAAUGUUGUUACUAUGAGGAUUAUUUAAUAUUUUAUUCUAUAAAUCUAAAACACAUAAUGCUUACAAUGCAUGUUCAGGAUUUAGAGGUGUUUUAUGUAGUGCAGACAGCAUAAAUAUUUGUAUAUAAGUAUAAAAAUAGAAUGUAAUAGGCACAGAUAAUUAAAUUCUUAAAUUUUUUAUUUCAUUUUCUAACAGAAGUAAUUUAUAUAUGUAAAUGUAAUCAUUAUUACUAAUCCUACAUUUUAAUUUAGUUAAAAAAAUUAUUUUUCAUUAUAAGAAUUUUGCUUUAUAUUAUAAAAAUGACAUUUAGUUAAUACAUAUGCGAGAAUUCAAAUAGCUGGAUUGAAAGCAGAUUUAAUUAGAAUUAUUUUUCCAUGUUAGGCUUAACUGCAAAUUAUGCUAGGGCACACAGUGAAAUGCAGUACUCCAUGGUCGUAGAUCUAAAGGGAAAUUUCAAUAUCCCUGGGAAGAAGUUAAAGAAAACAAAGCUAGAAGUUAAACAAAUGCUAACUUUAUUCAUUAAUUGUAUGAAAUUAUAGAAAAUUUUAAUUAUUUAUUUGUGCACAAUAAUGUAUGCAUAUUCUUUCUUGCAUUCCUGAAUGUAUGUUAUAUAGUUCUGAAUAGCUGCAGUCUUUUGCAUAAUGCCUCAUGUAUUGUAAUCUGAUAUUCUGACUCAAAUGAAGUGAGUGUAUUAUAUAAUAAAAAACAGUAUGUUCUAAUUAAGAAUUGCUCUGAACUUUAAAUAUCUUUUAGUUGGCCAGUAAUUUAAGAAUUACUUCAGAAAAAGGAGAAACUAUAGUAAAAUCAAGGAAAGAAUUUAAAUGUCUGUAUUAGCAUAGAUUAGUCUCCUAACUUUUUAUGUAUUAUUUUUGCUUGAACUAUUAUCAUGUAUCAAUUGUAACAGUAGAGACUAUUUUCCUUAAAAACAUUGUAUCAUCAAUACUUUGAAAUAUUGCUCAAAUUUCUAAUUUUAUAAAGAAGCAAAUCAGGUCUCUUUUUGUUUCAAAAGGGCCUUUUAAUGCUCAACUUCUGUUAUAUGUUAAAUUUUUCACCAAUUAUUAAUGUCCAACUAGUAAGCAAAAUAAAAUUAUUUUGAUUAGGAAUAAAAUUCUGCUCAAUUUUGA